AUGAAUAGUUCUCCCGGCCGUAACGAUCCACUUCGGCCUCUGGCACCGAAGCACGAGUUCGUUGAAGGCAAGCACAUCGAGUUUAACGAAACCGAUGAGCUUCCCUUGGAUUCCAGAGGAGCCCUAGGCCGUGGAGGCGAGGGUGAAGUCGACAUAGUUGUAAUUAAGACAUCGGCCACCUAUGCGAGAAAAUGCUGGAAGCGACUGAAUCCCAAAACCCGAACAAGGCAUCUGAAGGAAAUUGAAUUAAUGAAGCGUCUCAAGCCCCAUCCACACAUAGUGCAAAUAUUCGGGACGUAUUCCAAAGGCAACGAGCUAGCAAUUAUGAUGUCUCCGGUAGCCGAGUCAGACUUGCAGAAAGCCCUGGAAGUGGGCGCCAUUCCAGAGAAAACCCUGAAGCAGGCAUUCGGAUGCUUAGUCACCGGCCUUGCUUUCAUUCAUAAAGGCAAAAUAAUACACGGAGAUAUUAAGCCCAGUAACAUUCUAUUGUCUGGGUGCCGAUUUCUUUGGACCGAUUUUGGGUGUUCCAAAGAUAUCUCUGGAUUGCAAGAUACGAUGACCGAGGCCACAAUGCGGGGGACUCGAGGUUAUUGGGCUCCAGAAGUCUUUCGACUCGAGCAACGGGGACGGUCCGCAGAUGUUUUCUCCCUGGGAUGUGUUUUAAUGGAGGUAUGGAGUGUCUUGAAAGGGCAUGCUUACAUGAAGGACAACCCAGCUUCGUUCCUUUCUCUUAGCCCAUACUUUCUCCGUCUUGAAGGCUCUCAAAGUCUUCAGUCGUGGGUUGAGGCUAUGGAAAAAGCACAUGAUGAGCCUGUGGACAAUCUGUGGUUAAGCUCUUGUAUCAAAAUGCUUCGGGUAGAUCCAAAACAACGGCCUAAAUUAGCGGAAUUCCUGAAUGGAUUAGGUCGAAGCAGCCAACGAGAAAGUUUCAUGCAUGCACUCUUCUGUGUAUCUUGCGCGGAAGAGAGAAAGAAGAUUAAGUCUAUCUCAAGCAAUCCAACAGUUGCCGAACCAGUAGAGUCUCGAGCAGAAGCAAGCUCAGGUGAGGAUACAUCAUCGAAGGGGUCUGGAAACGAAGCUUCAUCGGAGGACCUAACCGCUCCAAUUGAUUCCUCUAAGAUACCUUCAACUAAUAAAAAGGUCGACACCACAACACCAGUUGGUUCUGUCCAGCUCUCACCAGCAUUCUGUUCACGUCCUCCGAGCGUUGCCGACAGCAUUCCAUUUUACCCAAAAUUGGCAUGGCCUAAUCUUCACAUCUUUGACUCCACUCCCCAGUGGGGAUCGCCAUUGCGGAGAAGGGAAUCCCUGCUCAAACUUCAGUCGUAUCCAUUAGCUUCACCUCUGACUGAGAAGACAGUAUCUAGUGGCAAGCGUCUAGAUACCGAAAAUUUCGCUCCUACCGUUAUAGACCCUGCUUCAUCGGGUCUCCUGGCCACGAUCCCCGCAAAAGCGCAGACAAGGUCGACUCAUCAGCUUGAUAAUAGUAUCCCCCAAGAUGGAGCUCCAGGUAGCUUCGAGGAAACAACGUUGCUGCACGACUCAGGACUUCUGCAAAUCCACCAGCCUCCUGCUAAAUUCCACCACCCGGGUGUGGCUUCUAACCCCCAUGUUGACGAACAUCUAGUACCCUUGGAAUCGGCUGGCAACCGCCCGUCUACUCCGCCUCCUCCACCCACCCCAACCUCUCGCACACCUUCUAUAAACUCAUAUCUGUCAAUGGAAGGCCAUUCUCUAUCAAAAGGUCUAGAGCAUGAAACCAACAAUCACCGCGCAAAAUUUCCUCUGCCGAUCCUACCACCAUAUCCCCUUCCUCUACCACCAUCGCCAUCGUCAUUAGCAGAUAGCCCAUACACUCCUAUGUAUUCCGUCCCCCCUCCUCUUCCUGGACUAGCUUUAACGGAAGAGGUUCUGCAAAAGUCUCAUUCUAUGAGUGUGCCAACAUUCACUCAUACCCCCCUCUAUGCCCCUCCUCCUCCUCUUCUUCCUCCUCCUCCUCCUCCUCCUCCUCCACAUGUUCACUCGUCAUCAGCGCAAGUGCUGAUCGAUGAAGUCCGACCAACAUACACACCUAAUUAUACAUACUCACCUCCGCCCCCAUCUCCGCAUCCCGCAAACUGUCCGCCAUCACAUCAGAUACCAUACAUUACCAAUAGCCUCCAAACAUAUGAUUAUCCUGUCAAUCCGGACUCGCCUCCUCCACCUCCCGCAAGCCCUCCGCCAUCACAUCAGAUACCAUACACCACCAAUGGCCCCCAGUUAUAUGAAUAUCUAGUCAAUCCGGCCCCUCCACCUCCACCUCCACCUCCCUUUAGUAUGUCAAUCCAAAGCCAGGAGAAAUCGAACAAGCCAAACCAGAGAGGACACUUCAAGAAUGCCGUGUCAUUCGCUAGUGGAAAAGAUGGACUGCCAGCCCUUGUAUCACAAUAUUCUAAUCGACACCAAGCUGAUCCUCCGCCACCUCCACCAUCGCUACAUGCUAGCCAAAUCCAGACUAAUCCUCCACCGCCAAUAAAACCUUCACACACUCUACUUAUUCCCCCACCUGGACCAACGAACAAUAAACCCAACGACGGCGAUAUCGCUCUGGGCCCUCUACCGGCCCCAUAUCCACCACCUCCUGGUUAUGAAUGGUGCCAAGACGCACCCCGACCUGGGCUGACUCCCCGUAUAUGGCUGCAGCUUGCGAGAACUACAGCUAUCAAAUGUCGGCUUUGA